UUGAUUCAUCAGAUCCUACUGGAAGCUGCACCUCCUUCAAAGGACCUGUUCCUCUCUGCCUUUUGCUCUGCUGUUGCCCUGGUGUUCCUCUUAUCAAAAUGUUCCUCCCACACCAUUUCAGGUUUCAGCUUUAAGUUUCACAUGUUCCUACCAACCAGGUCUUUCCUGUCAUGCAGUCUAAAGCAGCCUUCCCGUCGACUGGUCCACAGUUCAUCAACAGAUAGUAAUGGGAAAUUGCUGCGUUUGUAUUUAUUUAUAAGCCUACUUAUUUAUUGUCUUUACUCUUCUUAUAUGUUGAGUCAUGAAAGUGGAAUCCUUGUCUGUUUUGCACUUCAAUUUAUCUUCAAAGGGAGAAACAAAUACAUUUUGUGGACUGAAUGCAUUUAGUUAACUGCCUUUCUCACUGCUUCCUCAUUCUGCUUUGACCAACCUGAGUCUCUGCUUCCUUUGUAGCAAUUGGCAGAACCAUGGCAACAACUCCUGAUGCUGCUUUUGAGGCCCUCAUGAAUGGAGUGACCAGCUGGGAUCUCCCUAAAGAAUUCACUCCCAAUGAACUCCUUCUUAUUGGAGAGGCAGCCUUCCCAGUGAUGGUGAACGACAAGGGCCAGGUGCUCAUUGCUGCCUCUUUCUAUGGCCAAAGCCGCCUGGUGGUCCUAUCCCAUGAGGGCUACCUUCUGCAUGCUGGAUUGGCUCCAUUUCUUCUCAAUGCAGUGAGCUGGCUCUGCCCCUCCCCAGGGGCUCCCAUUGCAGUGCAUUCUUCCUUGGCAUCCUUAGUUAACAUCCUCGGGGACUCUGGGGUAAAGACAGUGGUUCAGCCUGAGCCUGGAGAGGCUCUGGGAGUUUUUUGCAUUGAUGCCUACAAUGACACCUUGACCGAGAAGCUAGUUCAGUUUGUUAAGCAUGGUGGGGGCUUGCUCAUUGGAGGCCAGGCCUGCAAUUGGGCCAGUCAACAGGGGAGUGACAAAGUGCUGUUCAGUUUCCCUGGGAACCAGGUGACAAGUGUGGCUGGAGUGUACUUCACUGAUGUCUAUGGGGAUAUAAACCGGUUCAAGGUCUCUAAGAAGGUACCCAAGAUCCCCCUCCAUAUCAGGUGUUGGGAGGAGCUCAGGCGUGACCAGGAGCAGCUUCUGGAUGGGAUCUCUAUGUUGGACAUCAGGACUGGGGGUGUCCCCUCACAGCUGUUGGUACAUGGGUCCCUGGCCUUCCCUGUGGGCCUUGAUAACUCCUUCCUUAGCUGCUUCCUAGCAGCUGCCCGCUAUGGUUGUGGUCGGGUGGUGUUGGCUGCACACGAGGCCAUGCUCUGUGAUCCUAAAAUGGAACCCUUUUUGCUCAAUGCUAUACGUUGGUUGUCCAGAGACCAGGGAAAGACUAUUGGGGUGAACAAAAGUCUCAAGAAUCUGAAUUCCCUAGUGUUGAAGCAUGGAGUGAAGUGCAGCCUGGAGUCCCAUUUGACCAGUGAUAUGGGUGUCUACUGCUGUGUAGCUUAUAGUGACCAGGAUGCCAAGAAAAUACAGGAGUUUGUAGCAGAGGGUGGGGGGUUGCUCAUUGGUGGUCAGUCCUGGUGGUGGGCUUCCCAGAACCAAGGCAGCUCUGCAUUGCGUAGUUUCCCUGGGAAUGUCGUCCUCAAUCCCUUUGGCCUCAGCAUUUUGCCUCAGACCAUCAGCCCAGACUGUUUCCCCGUCCUUCCCAUAGAUAUAAGGGACUACCAUUUUCGAAGGGCUCUUUCUGAGUUGCAGGCUAUGGUGAACCACAAGGGUGGGAACUUGGAAAAGAAGUAUUUUGGAAAAUUGGGAGUAGAUGGAGCAGGCUUUCUUCAGAUUCCUGCACAGGGAGUUCCUGCUUAUAUAUCUGUGCACCGGAUCCUGAGGAAGAUGCUACGUCAGGCAGGCCUCCCUGCUGUGAGCAAGAAUAACCCAGGGUCCAGCCAGUCCUGUGAGGCUGCACUGCUCUGUCUAGCCACAGAGCUGGCACAUUCUGGGACUGAUUGCUCCCAGAUAGCUCAUAACCAUGGCACUCAGACCUGCUCUUCUGAUCUCUGCUCCUCAGAACAUCCCAUUACUGUGGAGAUCAAUGGAACCAACACAGGUGACAGUGAUGUCUGGAUGAGUACUGGGCUCUAUCUCCUGGAAGGACAAAGCACAGAGAUCUCUUCUCUCUCUGAACCUGCUGCCUCGGCUGGCCUGAAGGUGCAGAUCGGAUGUCACACUGAUAAUCUCAGUCAUGCCAGACAGCUGUUCCGAGCCCCUGUGGUAACGUAUCAGUGCUGUAUGGACAGAACCCAACGGUCAGUCUCCUGCCUCUGGGGUGGUCUCCUGUACAUCAUUGUGCCCAAAGGCUGUCAACUUGGCCCUGUAUCUGUCACCAUCACAAAGGCAGUGCCUGCCCCAUACUACAAGCUAGGUAAGACAUCACUGGCGGAGUGGAAGAGCUGCAUGCAGAAGAACCUGGGACCCUGCGGAGAGUUGGCCACAGACAGUGUCAUCCUGACAGUGCCAACCGAAAGCCUGAAGAAUCUGGAAGAUCCAGCUCCUCUGCUCCAACUGGAUGAGAUUAUGAAGGCUGUGUCCAAGCUGGCAGCCCAGCCCUUCCCUUUUGAAAGGCCUGAGAGAAUUGUCACUGAUGUUCAGAUAUCAAAUGGCUGGAUGCAUUCAGGAUACCCCAACAUGUGCCAUGUGGAAUCUGUGCAAGAACUAGUCAGUUUGGCAGACAUAAGAAGUAAGGGCCUAUGGGGACCCAUCCAUGAGCUGGGCCACAAUCAGCAAUGCAGUGGUUGGGAGUUCUAUCCACAUACCACCGAGGCCACCUGCAAUCUCUGGUCAGUCUACGUUCAUGAGACAGUCCUGGGGAUUUCCAGAGCUCAGGCCCACCCUCAACUGAAACCUGAAGAAAGAGAGAAGAGAAUCAAAGAACACCUUCAGAAGGGAGCAUCCCUAUGUAACUGGAAGUUCUGGACUGCACUAGAGACAUAUCUGCAGCUCCAGGAGGUCUUUGGGUGGGAGCCGUUCAUCAACCUCUUUGCUGAAUACCAAACCAUUGUUCACAUCCCCAAAGACAAUGAGAGCAAGAUGAACUUAUGGCUGAAGUUGUUCUCUGAGAAAGUGCAGACGAACCUGGUUCCUUUCUUUGAAGCCUGGGGCUGGCCUAUCCAGAAGGCAGUGGCUGAAGCCCUGGCCUGCUUUCCUUCCUGGCAGGAUCACCCCCUGAAGAUGUACAUUGGGAUGGAGUAGUAGGGGCUGUGGAGCCAGUUGGGGUGGGAGAGGUCAUUGGGUAGGGGGAAAUGGGUGGGAUAAGGAAGGACCACAGUACUAGCUUCACUGUGGUCUAGCUUGAGACACUGCUUAACUAUUUUUCUCUACUGUUUGAUUUUCAAAUAUAUUUUGGGCAGUUUUAAAUAUCAUUCCAUGCUUUCUUGCAAAAACUACUUGUGAUAGUGAACUUAGUGAAUGUUCCUUUCCACAUCCCAUCAGCACAUCCCAAACUCAGGGACCUUUUCCUCUGAUACUACCUGUAUCCCUUGGCAGCUUCUUGGCACAUGAAAAGCACUAAGAAAAUACUUGCUAUAUGAAAGAACACUAAAGUCUUGUGACAUAGAAGGAACAGUCAGUGCAUGGUCCUAAGACUGUGUACAGCAUUUUCUCUGAGUUACAGGGAUAAUCUUCCAUCAGUUAAUAUCUCCUUAUCGUACAGGAGAAAAUGGCAUGAAUAUUAAACAACUUCUGCAGUCAAGACUGAGAAGAGAAAGUGUCAAAUUUCACAGAUGUCCAUAACGGUGAUAGACUGUGAAUCUUAUCCUCAAUGGAUUGAUAAUGUUAAUGAAACUUUGCCUAAAAGAUACAUGAAAGUUUAUGGACCUUUACUUGCUUUCCUGUGUUCAUUAUUGAAAUGUGACAAAAUACCAAAUUGAAUCUCUAAAUGUUUUGAUAAUUAAUCUUCUCUUUACCUUGCCAGACAUUCAUUUGUCUUGGAAGGAACCUGGCCUUG